GCAGGGGAGGAGGGAGAGGGAGAGGCGGCGGCCAGGUCGCAGCUGAGGCCGGGCACCGCCACCCUCCGCCCCCGGCCCUCAGCGCGGUUUCCGCAGCGUCGCCGGCAGCGGCCCGCGCCCCCGCGCGCCCGGCCCGGCGACCCUGCGCGUUGGAGCCGCGCCUCCGGGAGCCGCAGUGCCCAGCGGCCUGGGGCCGGCGCGGAGCGCGCGGGGAGCCGGCGGGGAGCAGGAGCAGGUGAGCCAGCGCCAUGGGGCAGGCGGGCUGCAAGGGGCUCUCCCAGUCGCUGUUCGACUACAAAACCGAAAAGUACGUCAUCGCCAAGAACAAGAAGGUGGGCCUGCUCUACCGGCUGCUGCAGGUCUCCAUUCUGACCUACCUGGUGGUCUGGGUGUUCCUGGUGAAGAAGGGUUACCAAGACACUGACACCUCCCUGCAGAGCAGCAUUGUCACCAAAGUCAAGGGUGUGACCUUCACCAACACAUCUGAGCUCGGGGAGCGGCUCUGGGAUGUUGCCGACUAUGUCAUCCCACCCCAGGGAGAGAACGUCUUCUUCGUAGUCACCAACUUGAUCGUGACCGCCAACCAGCGGCAGGAAACCUGUGCUGAGAGCGAAAGCAUUCCGGAUGCCUGGUGCUACACAGAUAGUGACUGUCCCCCUGGGGAGCCUGUUGUGGCUGGAAAUGGAGUGAAGACUGGCCGCUGCCUGCGGGUGGGCAGCAUGCAAAGGGGCACCUGUGAGGUGUUUGCCUGGUGCCCCGUGGAGACAAAGCCCAGACCAGUGAAGCCACUGCUGGGCAAGGCUGAAGACUUCACCGUUUACAUAAAGAACUUCAUUCGUUUCCCCAAAUUCAACUUCUCCAAGACCAAUGUGCUAGACACCAAUGACAGAGCUUUCCUGAAAUCCUGUCGGUUUGGCCCCAAGAACCCCUACUGCCCCAUCUUCCGACUGGGGUCUGUGGUCAGCUGGACGGGGAGCAACUUCCAGGAGAUAGCUGUGCAGGGUGGUGUGAUAGGAAUUCAGAUUGAAUGGGAUUGUGAUCUUGAUAAAGCUCCUUCUGAAUGCAACCCUCACUAUUCUUUUAGCCGUCUGGACAACAAAUUUUCAGAAAACUCAAUCUCCUCUGGGUACAACUUCAGGUUUGCCAAAUAUUACCGAGAUGCUGCUGGAGUGGAGUUCCGCACCCUGAUGAAAGCCUAUGGGAUCCGCUUUGAUGUGAUGGUGAAUGGCAAGGCAGGGAAGUUCAGCCUCAUCCCCACGGUCGUCAACAUUGGCUCUGGGGUGGCGCUCAUGGGUGCUGGGGCUUUCGUCUGUGACCUGGUACUUAUCUACUUCAUCAAGAAGAGGCACUUUUACCGAGACAAGAAGUAUGAGGAAGUGAGGGCGACCUGGCUGCAAGGCAGGAUGUCCAGGACCCAGGAGAGCCCACCCACGCUGGACUGUGUGGAGAGGGGGCGCUUUAGCCUGGUAUUCCUUCCACGCCCCCAAAUGACCACAAGGCCGCCCGCUUGCUGUGCACUCCCAGCCGUACCACCAUUCCCUCAGGCUUACUCUGCUGCCGCUUCUCUGAGCUCUUUGUAUGUAUGAACUCCUUCCGGCAACCUCCUGGGGGGCACACUAGCCGUCCCUCUUCUAACAAGGAAAUGGAGGCAAGGAAGGUUAAGUAACUUGCUCAAGUCACAGCUAAUACGUGGGAGAGCUGGGAUUUGAACACAGGCAGUAAGUCUCUGAGAUCCAGUUCUUCUCCAUCAGGUUUUUCUGCCUCAUCAAGUCCAUUCUGCUGCCCCCCAUCAGAUGCUUUCCUUGCCUAUUGCUGUUGCUGUAGGGGCUCUGGGUGCCCUCUGGGCACCACCACAGUGGCAGCUGCUCAUUAUGGCCCCAGAGACCCCAACCCGAGCAUCCACAUGCGGCCGGGCUGUGGCCGGGGUGGAGGGGGGGGUCCUCUGGACGGCCCCUCUCUCUGGAUGCGCUGAGGGUGGGCUCUGCCUUUAGGGCGGCCGUCUCUGUUCUCAGCGUUCCCGAUUGUCCUCUGUGUGCCCCCCUCCUCCCCCCGCCCAUCCACACACAGGUCUGGCCACCUGGGGAAGGGAGAGGUGAAUGUGGAGCAGCUACAGAACCUGCAGACUGUGGACGCAUAGCCAGAGGUGUCAGCUGAGAGCAGAUCUGGUGAAGAUGUUGGGGCUGAACCACCUGCAGCUCUGAACUGAGCAGUGUCUUGUGUUUGCCUGGGAUCCUGCUGCGGGCUUUGUGCUGGGUGUGCUGUGUGUGUGGCUGGGGCUGGGGCAGGGGAGCCUCCUAGCGGCCAGAGUGGCUCCGAUCUGCAAGAGGCGGCCUUGGAGAGCCAAGUGGGGUAAGGCCGCCAGCCUGGGUGGUACUAAAGUGUUUUCGUUUUUCUGA